CAUGGGCUCCAGUGAAGACUUUGUAUGUCCGCUGUAGCAAAAUUUUAUCAUGUCACAAAAGAAAUUCACGAACGCCAAGAUUGUAAUAUUUGGAGCUUCUGGCGUUGGCAAAACAGCAUUUGCAGUCCGCUACAUCACAAAGCGAUAUAUCGGCGAUUAUGAUCGAAACAAAGAAAUGCUGUAUACCUAUAAGAUGACGUCACCAAGGGAGGAGGUCGUCACUCUGGAGAUUCUGGACACCGCGUCAGAGUGUAACCCAGAUGAUACAGAGAAGAACCUGAAAUGGGCGGAUGGAUACGUAAUGAUAUUCUCGGUAACGGACAUGCCCAGUUUCCACGAGGUGAAACGCCUCAAGGAUAGUUUAUUCCGCCUGAAAGGAAAUGAAAGACCUAUGGUUCUUAUUGCAAACAAACUAGACCUGCGCGACGCUAGGACGGUGAGUGAGGCGGAAAGUACAUCACUUGCCCAUUCUCUUGAGUGUCCAUUGUUUGAACUCUCAGUGGCGGAUGGAUAUCAGGGUGUAGCGGAUGCAAUGGAAGAACUAAUUGUACAGUUGCGGAGGGAUUUUGUAAAAUGUCAAAGUGCGGCAAAUGUCAGUACCAACACUGACAAGCCUCGUUCUAAAUUAUACAACAUGAAAAAAGUUCUGAAGAAAAGAAUAGGCCGUAGCCAUAGUGAUACGUUUUAAUUUUUAUACAUACCA